UUUCCCCUUCUUUUAUACGAGGAAUAGCCGUUUCAUUUUUAUUCGCGUGUGAACCGGUAUUUAGUUGGCAAUAAUGUUUGCUUUUCGAGUUGACGCUUUGGAGUUGUAGAAAACAAUUUUGGAGUAUUAAUUGAGUUUUUAUUGCAAACGAAUGAAUUCCUGUGCGCUGAUUACUUAUUUCUAACUUGUGAUAUGAACACCAUCUGAUUUUACCGAUCAAUGAUUCGCCAAUAAUAACAAAUAUUUUUCAUAUGUUAAACGCGUUAUAACUACAAUUGAUGGAUCAUCCCGAACAGUUUGUAAAACGCGGCCUGAAUGGGGCAUAUGAAAUUACAAGUUCGAAUGCCACACUAAAGGAAAAUUCAACUGAAAGUGGAUGCAGUGCUGUUUGGACAAAAGACGUGAGCAGUAGCGACGUGAACUAUGAUAACGAUAGAGAAAUACAAAAUAAAUCAAUAAGUGAAAUAGAAACGAAUAAUAAAUCGCUUAUUUGUGGUAUGGAUAGUCUAAAGAAGGUUGGACCACUUGUACCGCCAAAACCUUAUAAGAAGAAACAAGACUACUCCGAGGUGUCCACAGAUAUUAUCACUGAACAAGUCUGUGAACCGCACUAUUCCAAACAAUUGCACGGUACAACGAAUGUUUUGCAUAAAUCCUCACAAAGCACUACUUUAGAUAAUCCUGUCGUAUUGGACCAACAAUUAGCGGCUUUAGCGCAUCAUAAACGACAGUUAGAAAAGAAGGGUAUUGCUUUGAAACAGCCAAAACAGCGAAAUGAUGAACAAUUAUCCGACGUUUUGCAUUCCCCAAAAUCUUCGCCUUGUUCGCUGGAAAGUGAAGAUAGUCCUUAUAACAUAAUUUUAAAAAACGGUCAUAUACCUUCAACGCAUGUUGGUACCAAAGCAAUGCAUGCAAACAUAACGGAGCUACCGAGAGUUGGUGAAAAUAUUAUAAACACAAAAUCCAGCAAAUAUAUCGAACAAAACGCUGACAUAAAACUAAGUAGAAAUCAAGCGGAUAAUGAAAUGGCACAAGCGGAAAGCAAAAUCCAUUCCAAAUUCAUUUGUAAAGAAAACAAAAAUGACGGCGUAGUGGAACCGCCACCAUCAGAGUUUUCAAUCGAUGCAAUUGAGGGUACUUUGGAGUAUUCAGGCCGUCAUGCUGAGGAAACACUGCCACCUUCUAGUCCUGUCAGUUCAUCUUAUAGUGAAUUGAGAAGAGCAACAAAUGUAUUUAAGAAAAUGUAUAUAAAAAACCAAGAACCAAAAGUUAAUUGUAAUGAACUGAACACCCCCGACUUUAAUGGGCCAUAUACAAAUGUGGCUUGCAGCAACGACUUCACCUCCUAUUGUACAACAAUGCAGACUGACCGUAAAAAUAUCAACGAUAUUUACAAUAAUGGAAGUUCCACUCAGGGUUCCACAACAUAUGAGUCCAUAUAUGAGCCAAUAAUACCACGUGCUGCUAGUAGACUAUCAUCCAACAAUUUGAAUUAUGGGCAAUAUGUCAACGGACCACAACUGAUGGCAAGCGCAUGCACAGGCAACUCAUCGACUAUUGGCGCCAUUAGUUCUAGCGCCUGUAGCACACCGUCUUAUCCCAGUCCAAGAAAGAAUGCAAGCCAAAACAACGAAAUUGAAGUUAAUGCGCUUACUGACUAUUUGGUACAAUCUCUUGAUACUGGCGCUGGUGUUGAAAACUAUGGAACUUGUUUUAAAUGCAACGGGCGCGUAAUAGGCGAGAACUCCGGUUGUACGGCCAUGGAACAAAUUUUUCACAUUACAUGCUUCACGUGCGCACAAUGUAAAGUCAAUUUGCAGGGUAAACCAUUCUAUGCAUUGGAUGGCAAACCUUUUUGUGAAUAUGAUUACUUGCAAACUUUGGAAAAAUGUUCCGUAUGUAUGAAGCCGAUAAUGGAACGCAUACUGCGCGCCACUGGCAAGCCAUAUCAUCCACAAUGUUUUACGUGCAAAGUUUGUGGAAAUAACCUGGAUGGCAUACCAUUUACUGUUGAUGCAACGAAUCAAAACUAUUGCAUAGCUGACUUUCACAAAAUAUUUGCUCCACGUUGUUGUGUAUGCAUGGAACCAAUUAUGCCGAAACCUGGCGAAGAAGAAACUGUGCGUGUUGUUGCUUUGGAUCGCAGUUUUCAUUUUGAGUGCUAUAAAUGUGAAGAUUGUGGUUUACUAUUGUCCUCUGAAGCUGAAGGUCGCGGUUGCUACCCCUUAGAUGGGCAUGUGCUAUGCAAAAGUUGUAAUGCCAAACGUGUCCAAAUGCUAACUCAGCGGAUAUCAACCGAAUUAUAAGCCAAUUUAUUAUGAUAACACAUUUAUAUAUACGUUUGUAUGAAUGUAUUAAAAGACAACAAACUUCAUAAACUGUA